CAACAGAUCCCAGAAUCAUUAAGACAUAGCACAUGGCAGAGAUUACAAAAAGACAGUUCAAGACAGUUAUUAGAUACAACAAAGGCUCUCCAGGCAUGGCCACUGAUAGAAAAGAGGACAUGUUGGCAUGGUCAUGCAGGAGGUGGACUCCACACAGACCCAAAAGAAGGGUUAAAAGGUGUUGAUACUCAGAAAAUCAUCAAAGCAAUGCUUUCUUAUGUGUGGCCCAAAGACAGGCCAGAUCUUCGAACUAGAGUUGCCAUUUCCCUGGGAUUUUUGGGUGGUGCAAAGGCUAUGAAUAUUGUGGUUCCCUUCAUGUUUAAAUAUGCUGUAGACAACCUCAACCAGAUGUCGGGAAACAUGCUGAACCUGAGUGAUGCACCAAAUACAGUUGCAACUGUGGCAACAGCAGUUCUGAUUGGCUAUGGUGUAUCAAGAGCUGGAGCUGCCUUUUUUAAUGAAGUUCGAAAUGCAGUAUUUGGCAAGGUAGCCCAAAAUUCAAUCCGAAGAAUAGCCAAAAAUGUCUUUCUGCAUCUUCACAACCUGGAUCUGGGUUUCCACCUGAGCAGACAGACAGGAGCUUUAUCUAAGGCUAUUGACAGAGGGACAAGGGGUAUCAGUUUUGUCCUGAGUGCUUUAGUUUUUAAUAUUCUCCCCAUCAUGUUUGAAGUGAUGCUUGUCAGUGGCGUUUUGUAUUACAAAUGUGGUGUGCAGUUUGCAUUGGUAACCCUCGGGACGCUUGGUGCAUACUCCGCAUUCACAGUUGCAGUCACGCGGUGGAGAACGAGAUUUAGAAUAGAAAUGAACAGAGCAGAUAAUGAUGCAGGUAAUGCUGCCAUAGACUCACUGCUGAAUUAUGAAACUGUGAAGUAUUUUAAUAAUGAAAAAUAUGAAGCUCAGAGAUAUGAUGGAUUUCUGAAAACAUAUGAGACUGCUGCAUUGAAAAGUACCUCUACUCUGGCUGUGCUGAACUUCGGUCAAAGUGCUAUUUUCAGUGUUGGUUUAACAGCUAUAAUGGUGCUCGCCAGUCAGGGAAUUGUAGCAGGUACCCUUACUGUUGGAGAUCUAGUAAUGGUGAAUGGACUGCUUUUUCAGCUUUCAUUACCCCUUAACUUUCUGGGAACUGUAUAUAGAGAGACUAGACAAGCACUCAUAGAUAUGAACACCUUGUUUACUCUACUCAAGGUAGAUACCCGAAUUAAAGACAAAGCGAUGGCACCUCCCCUUCAGAUCACACCACAGACAGCUACGGUGGCUUUUGAUAAUGUGCAUUUUGAAUACAUUGAGGGGCAGAAAGUCCUUAGUGGAAUAUCUUUUGAAAUCCCUGCAGGAAAGAAAGUGGCCAUUGUAGGUGGUAGUGGGUCAGGGAAAAGUACAAUAGUAAGGCUGUUGUUUCGCUUCUAUGAGCCUCAAAAGGGUAGUAUUUACCUUGCUGGUCAAAAUAUACAAGAUGUCAGCCUGGAAAGCCUUCGGAGGGCAGUGGGAGUGGUACCUCAGGAUGCUGUCCUCUUCCAUAAUACCAUUUACUACAACCUCUUAUAUGGGAAUAUUAGUGCUUCACCUGAAGAAGUGUAUGCAGUGGCAAAAUUAGCUGGACUCCAUGAUUCAAUUCUCCGGAUGCCACAUGGAUAUGAUACCCAAGUAGGGGAACGAGGGCUCAAACUCUCAGGAGGAGAAAAGCAAAGAGUCGCAAUUGCAAGAGCCAUUUUGAAAGACCCUCCAGUCAUUCUCUAUGACGAAGCCACUUCAUCAUUAGAUUCGAUUACUGAAGAGACUAUUCUUGGUGCCAUGAGGGAUGUAGUCAAACACAGAACUUCUAUUUUCAUUGCACACAGAUUAUCAACAGUGGUUGACGCUGAUGAAAUCAUUGUCCUGGAUCAGAUGGAUCAUUGGCUUGUAAAAGGGAGAUGGAAAAAAUCACUGUCUCAAUCCACAAUCACAGCAACUACCUCUAAAGAUGCUGAAAAUCUUUUCCAUCUUGAAACUGACACCAGAGAGCUCUUUGACUCAAGUUAAAAAGGAAUAAGCCCCUAAAGAAACUGGACAAAACUUAAUGAAAAUAUGAUGAAAACUAUCUUUUUCUCAGCUUUGUAAAUUUUAAUAUUUUACCAUAUUGUGCCUUAUGCAACAGAACAUUUUCAGAUAUUAUUAUGAUGGCUGUUAAGUUGUGACAUCAUUUUGAGAUAAAUCACUCAGAGUUAAUAGAAAAAGGGAUUAAAUAUUUUAAACAAAGAUGUAAUAAUUUCUUUAAAACCAAAAAUUAUUACUGCUUUAUAAACUAGAAAUGAAGCCACUGAAGCAUCUUGUGGGUAACUUAUCAUAUUGCAUUGGCUGGAGAAGCACACAUAGUAACUAAGAGACUAAUUAAGUCUUGUACAGUUGACAUUAUUGAAUGAAUGCCUUCUGAAUGAAAAGUUAAUAAAAGAAAUCAUGGCACUGCCACUUUCUAAUGAUACAGUGACUCAUCUAUUAAAUAUUUAGGCACAAAUAUGAAGAAUGACUUACCUGCAGAAUUAUACGUUUGUCUUACAUAUGUGGCUGAAGUUGCCAAGAGUACUUGGAAAUAAGCACAGGGUUCUUGAAAUUUGCAAAGUAUUGAAUAACUUUCCUGAAUGACAGGUUUUUUUCUGGAACAGCUGUGUUGAAAUUUUGCACUAAUGGUGCAAAAAGAGUG